CUUUUUUUAAAAUUUGAACUUUUUUUUUUAUUUUUUCUAUUUUUUACCGUUUUUUUUUUUCAGAGCUUUUUGAUUUUUGAAGAACAGCAAAAGAAUGGAAUCGAGCGCAGAUCGGAACGAGAGCCAGAGCGAGAGCGAGAGCCAGAGCCAGAGCGAGACCGCUGCUACGACGACGAGUGCCGAUACGACUACGACGAGUGCCACAAGCCAACAGCCGUCAACCCCAACAAAGUCAAGACUCGCAGCAAUCCGCCCGCAGCCGAUUGCAACCAACAGCAGCUCACCACAGGGCGGCGGAUCAGGCGCAGGAGCAGGCACAGGAGCAGGCACAGGAGCAGGCGCGUCUCCACUGCCAAAGCGCCCGCUGGUCUUCCUGACGAGCGGCAUGUCCCGCGUCGGAUACGCCACCGUCAGCAGGCUCAUGAAGACGCCAGAGGCAUUCAACGUGCGUGCAGGCGCGCUGGCGACCCCGCAUCCGCCGGGUGGUGGUGGUGGUGGUGGUGGAUUGGCCUCACCGCGUCAUCCGCCCUCGCCCAGACGCCAGUCGUCCGACGCCGUCACGUCAAUGAGCUCGGGCUCGAGCCUGCUGCACACGCGACCUACUACUACUACUGCUGCCGCCGCUGCUGCUGGAUCACUUGCAGAGGGCGGGAGUGUCGCCGAAGAGCCGAAUAAUUCGCUCGGCAUCCCCGGCCAGCAACGAUCCUCAACGACGUCUCCAGGAACGCCGCGACGUGCAUCAAGCGAUGUCUCCAACUUGAAUCCUGCGCAGGUUGCGGCGAUGGAGGCUCGCAGGGCCAAGCGCAGCGCGUCGUUCAACCAAUUCACGUCCAGCUUGGGCAUUGCCGAAGGCUCCUCCGAGAUGGACUUGGCGCUGCUCGACUCUGCAGAGACGUCCAUGCGCGGCGCAGACUACCUCUUCAUCAUCCCUCCAGCAGGGCCGAACGCGCUGGAGAAGGUGUUGAACUACCUGGUCGCCGCCAAGUCGCUCGAGACUGCCAUUCGUCACAUUGUGCUGCUCUCGGUCACUGGUGCCGAGUUGGGCGCUGGUCCAGCAGCAGCAGCAGCAGCAGCAGCUUCUAGCGGUCCGAUAGACAAUGCGACCGCUGCCCAGCUGGCUGCGUCGCUCAGCCCGGUAUCGUCGGGACCGCAACCCGUCGCGCCAGGGACUCUGCCAACAACAGGGCCACCGCCAGCUUCGUGGGUUCCGUUCGCCAGGCUCUUCCUGAUGAUGGAGAAGAGUGUGGCCGAGUCUGGCAUUCCGUACACCAUCAUUCGCUGCCCAAUGUUCCAAGAAACGCUGCACGCCUGGACCAAGUACUUGCACAACGAGGUCUUCCCGUUGCCGCUCAACUCUUCCAGCUUUUGCCCAAUCAGCGUGCAUGAUGUGGCCAAGGCCGUCUCCGUCAUCUUCUCUGCGCCCCACAAGCACGAAAACAUGAUUUACACCCUCACUGGCCACAAGGCGUACAGCGGCGCAGAUGCGGCCAAAUCAGCUGCCAAGGUUUUGCAACAAAAGGUCAACCACGUUAAUCAGCAGCUGAGCGUCACCCGCAAGUUCCUCGGCGAGUUUUACUUUGAUGCCAGCGCGCCAACCGUCGGCGCCCCAGGCCUGGCGUCGGCAACGGGCGCGAUGGGCAGUAGCUCGAGCAUUUCGUCCACCGGCUCCUCUGCCAGCACAUCCACGAUGGGCGGAGGGCGCAAGGCUCAUCAUUCAGAUCCAGCCACCAUCCCCUGGCGCGUCGACUUUACCUUGGCCAUGUUUGAGCUGUACGCGUCUGGGAUUGGUGUCGCAGGCCAGCUCAACACGCACGAGUUUGCCAAGCUCUGCGGCCGCGAGGCUGCCUCCUUGUCGGACUACUUUCGGGAAAAUGUGGAGCUGUUUGCCACCGAUCCCGUCAAAGCGCGGAAAUCCGUGUCCGGUUCGGUCAAGGGCUUUUUGCGCUCGUCCUUCUCAACGUCCUCCAACAGCCUCACCCCACCCAGCAUGCUCGCCAAGUCAAAGUCGUUCAACAAGCGGACGGAGGAGAUUAGCGCCCUGACAGACGGCGGGCCUCGCUCCCCACUUGCGAUCGGGGAAUCCACUGGAGCACGGUCUCUCUCGCGCUCGGCUUCUGGCGAAAUGACGCGUUCGAUGCGCAAGUCAGCCUCCGGUGAGAUACGGUCGCCGCCCACCCCAACUCAGACUGCAGCACCAGCGGUUUUCUCGACUGCCGCCGCGGCGUCGUCUCCAAAAGCGCCUGCUGACCGGAAUUCAUUCCUUGCAGGGUCUGCAGUUUAAGCUCAAGAACGGAGGAAGGCACGACUUUCUGUUUCUUGCUGGAAGGCGUUCGCUCUUCUCCACUUUUCUUAGUGAACCGCCGAUCGUUUACAUUACUUGAUUUCCGGUUGUCUGUUUUCUCUCUUCUGCUCAUUAUUCCUAGCCUUCUGUGCUGUGAUCCCAUGCUCGAUUAUUGUUUGUUUUGUUUCCUUGUUUGUUUGUUGGCUGCACGUUGUCGUUGCUGCUUCUGUUGAGGUUUUCGUCAUGGUUGGUUGUCUGAGUUGCAUUGUGAAAAUACGAUGGAUUUUGUUCCUGCUGUC